AUGGAGGAGUACCAGGAACUCUCAGUAGAGUCACUGAGACAAGAGCUUUCGGCUGAGAACCUCCUGAUGGACGCCAACAUGAACAUGAAGAUUGCAGACUGGGGCUUCAGUAACUACUACACUCCUGCGGACACUCUCAACACCUGGUGUGGCUCGCCUCCCUACGCUGCACCUGAGGUCUUCGAGGGCAAGAAGUACAUUGGUCCUGAGAUUGAUGUCUGGCUGCGUCAGGGUACUACACCUGCAUCAGCCAACCCACCUCAGGAUACCACACCUGCAUCAACCAAGCCACCUCAGGAUACUACACCUGCAUCAAUCAACCCACCUCAGGAUACCACACCUGCAUCAACCAAGCCACCUCAAGAUACCACACCUACAUCAACCAAGCCACCUCAAGAUACCACACCUACAUCAACCAUCCCACCUCAGGAUACCACACCUACAUCAACCAUCCCACCUCAGGAUACCACACCUGCAUCAACCAAGCCACCUCAGGAUACCACACCUGCAUCAACCAUCCCACCUCAGGAUACUACAUCUGCAGCAACCAUCCCACCUCAGGAUACCACACCUAUAACGAGCUUAUUUGGUAGUAUGACAGUACAGGCUGUCUACACACCUGCAUCAACCAAGCCACCUCAGGAUAUCACACCUGCAUCAACCAUCCCACCUCAUGAUACCACACCUGCAUCAACCAAGCCACCUCAGGAUACCACACUUGCAUCAACCAUCCCACCUCAGGAUACCACACCUGCAUCAACCAUCCCACCUCAGGAUACCACACCUGCAUCAACCAACAACCUCAGGAUACCACACUUGUAUGGUAAACAUGAGGGAAAAGAUUCUCCCACCAUCAGAGCAGAGAAGACAACUGACCCUAAUGAGCAGGUUCUCAGGGUCAUGCAAGAACUGGGUAUAGAUAUCAACAGGACCAGAGAGUCACUUCUGAGUGAAGCUUAUGAUAAUUACACAGCAAUCUACCUACUACUGCUGGAACGCUUCAAACAGCAUCGAUCGUCGCUGCAUGGUGACAAGCAUGCAGGUUUAGAGCAACAGCGUCGCAGACCUUCCAGUGUGGCAGAGGCAGCUAUGAGAAAAAUGUGUGCAUUGGUGCCUACGGGCAAAUCUUCGCCAACAUCAGGCAAUAUACACAAUACACAACUCACAGGAUCUUCAGGGAAUACAAGUGGGGGUAUACCAACACCUCUGUUGUCUGAGGUAUCAACUGCUGGUGUCAUUAACCCACUUAUUAUCCAAGAGGGAGUGAUGACAAGACCAUAUGGCCAUACAGGAAGAAUAUUACCUGCAAUUCCAGGGGAUCAGCAGAGCACUAUGUCACAUAGCUAUAUAUCAAAUUUUCCCACCUUGGGGUCACGUGGAAGUCCAGGAAGUGGUGUACCUGAAGCAGAAGCAGUUACCACAAACAUAACACAUGUCUCUCCACCCUUCAGAGAACAAAGCCAGGACUCUCAGACUGAAUUUUCACCUGGUUAUCAAAAUAUUACUACAAGUGGGGUUAUACCAAUGUCAUUAGUAGGCAAAAGCUAUCGUGAUAAUGAGAGUGGAGCUUCUACCUCCAUAGAUGAAGGAGUAGAGGCUGAUAUGUGUGACUCGGAGUGUGGUUCCAUUGUUGGAGUUACUCGUAGUGGCCAUUGUAUGCUACAGAACAUCAAAAGUGCCUCACAGCAGUCUUCAGAGACUUCUCAGUGCACUGACUCACCACUUGGCAGUGUUACUAGCACUGAGUCUACAUUUGAAAGCUUCGAGUCACAGUUAGAGCCAGAUUUAGCGGCUUCUCUUUCGUCUUGUUCACAUGCAUCCUUAUCAGCAAGACCAUUAAUGCCCGGAGUUCAGUCACGUUCUCUUCAGCCCCAAGCACAGCUCGAUCCAUCUUCAGAAGCUCCGGAGCGCACACGUACUCACUCGCCUGUCAACUUCCGUGAAGGUCGGCGUGCUUCUGAUGGAUUAGUUACUCAAGGUGUUAUAGCAUUCCGCCAAAGAUUACUAGAGACAGAAAAAGCUCGUGGUUUGACCGAGCUACACAGUGUCCAACAGGAGCAUCAAGCUCUUACUUCACUCUAUCAGGCAACUGCUGUUACUGGAAGUGAGGAGACCACAACUAGACACCAGCCCCUUCAUUAUCAACAGCAACAUGCACAGUAUUGUCGCCAAUGGAGACAUUCUUACGCUGGCUCUGAUGAGAUGAGCCGAGCUCCUUUAGUAAGACAAAGAGUAUCGUUACCAGACACUCUUAGUUUUACUACUCAAAAGCUUCUUCAUGCCAAAGAUUCCAUUAAAGAUACAGAUUAUACAGUGACCAAACCACUCCAGCAGCAACUUUUUCAACAUAGACUACAGCAGAAACGUCAGAUUUUACAAAAACAGGCAGCAUUCCCAAGACAAUCUUAUCCUGUAGGUUGUGAGCUGUCUCGAAGGCAAAUGGUUCGACAAGCAUCUUACAAGCUAGCACAGCAACAGCCUGUAUUACCACCAUUGCCUGCUGAACUUAGUGCUGCACAUCUUCUUGCUGGGUUAAAUCAGGCUGACUUGGCAUGUCCAACCAUUGCAGAGCAUGUAGGAUUUGCAGAUCAAGAUGAGGAAGGCUGGGAGAGCAAUCCAGCAUGGCGUAAUAUCUCUUCUUGGGCACCAGACACCACAACAGCAAAUUGGCAUAUACUUCCCUCCACACUGGCUGCAUGUCAGAUCAGUGAAGCUCAACAACAUUCUCAGCCACCAGUUUCUAGUACUGACAGCCGGACAUGGACUGGUCUUCAGGCGUGGCAUGGAGGAUGGCUUCAGGGCGGGGGUGCAGUAGGAGCAGCUCCAUGGCAGCCGGUGGUAGGAACCAGCAUUCUACCACAAACUGUAUGUGAAAGUCCCAUUCUUGAGAUGCCAGAACACAUGGAAACCUGAGGUUCGUUAUUUUCACUCAACUUUUCAAAAGCCUGUAAUGCUUACAGCAGCUGGGCUGGACUGAGACUAGAGCGAUAAACUGGAAUAAGAAGUAGUGCUUCUCCACUAGUGACUGAAAAUUACAAAUCAAAGCUGUCGACCCUGUCUUGCCAAAACAGGGUUACAAGAAAUAAGUGCGAAUGUUUUAAGAAUUAUCAUAUGUCUUGAAAAUAUGCCAUCAACUGCUUCCAUCACCUUGGUAACUCAAGUCUGCAAUACACUCUGUCAUCAAAUCUGGUAUGAAUCUGCAUUUUUUUUUUCUGUUUGGGUAUAUGAUGAUAUAAAAGAAUGGAACUAAUACUUUGUUGACAGUGAGAAAUUUGUAAUUUUUAACCUGUUAAAGAAACUGUGCAGUUUAAAUGCUAAUACUGUAUCUCGUUUAUGAUUUCUAAAGAAAUCAGCUCAUUGCAUUAAAUCAUUCCAAUGUUUUAAUGAGACUGGAAUACUGUACAGUAUAUAAUAUUUCCAGGUUAGAAACCAAAAUUUCUAAAAUUACUGUGUUUCUUUUACUAGGGCUAAAUGCUACUUCAAUCAGUUACUGUUUUGGAAAAGAUUAGUAAGAAACAGGCUAUUAGGUUUAUAAAAAAUAUUAUCAAAUAAAUGUGAUUGCAGUUCAUUUUAUCUACCAUAGGUAAAAUAUUGCAGGCUUCCCAAGGAUUGAAGAAGAUUUUUCAGUUUGAGUUUGUAAAAAUGUCUGCUUUUAAGUGAAAAAACUUACCUUCACUGCCAGUGACACCCAUAAACUGUAGAUACAGUUAAAGUUUAAUUACCGAAUGAGUUCUGCUUCAAAAAGAAGUUAAUAUUCAUGUUGAAAUGUCGUUUAUAUCCUUUGGAAAAAUAAAAAUAAAGUUUUGGUGAUUACAGUGCCUCAGAAGAAAAAUGAGGUCACAAGUGGAUGCCAACUAUUAACGUACACUCAAGGAUAUCAGUAAUCCUAACCCGGCAGAAGUGAAAUGAAAAUGAGUAUGGAAAGAUAAAGAUGAGACCAAAUAUUUAUAGUCAGAGUGGCAUACUGUUAAGUGUUGAAGCUUUAUGCUAACAUAAAUCUCUGAGCUUUUAAACUGAAUUUUGGUAAUUGCAUUGAUUUAAUAACCUGUGGAUAUUAUGCAGAUUUUAUUUUGAUAUAUUUUGGUAUAACAAGCAUUGAGGGCCCUCAAAAUUAUUUCAAGAAGCACCAUUUGUUUGCAUGAGGAUACUAUGUUAUUGAUCCAGUUACAAAAACAGUAAUUGAAUAUACUGUUAUGAAAUCUAGAUGUCUUCUGGUGUGGGUUAUUAUUAAUAUUGUUACUUUGAUUGUAGAAUAUUUUCAGGAAGUGAUUGAAAAUGUGUGACAAAAGUGAUGAAGUGGUGUUAAUAUAUUUUCACAAGUAAAAUGCUGUGGGUGAGUAAUUUCUCUCUCCUUGGCAAGAAUCCCUUCUCAGGCAGACUCAAGUUAUAAUGCUCUUUAGAGUCACCUUUCUAGUCAUUAAUAUUUAAUACAGGAGAAAUACCACUGAAAAUGGAGGAGUUUGUUGCAGUUGCAUUUCUCUUGUCUUUUUGACCUUCAUUAUGAUAUAACUUAUUUAUAAUUGUAAUUUCAAAUUGGAAAAAAUGGAAAUCUAAAAAUCUGCAGUACUGUAUGACCCCCUGUGAGUUCAGCGCUUUUUCAUAAAGGAUAAAUCUUUGCAGUUCUAAAAUUUCACAUGCUUCAGCAGACUUUUUCCCACUUGUGGUGAGACCCCACAUGGAUUCCCAUAAAAACUGACAAACAGUACAUGGACAUGAGGUUAAAUUUAUGAAUUUCCAAUGUAAAUGUACAGUAUUUCCCAUUAAAGAUUUUAUCCGCACAACUUUUAACUUUUGGUUAACAGUAACAGCAUCACCGUGAGCCUUCCCUCUCAUAGUUGCCUCAUCUGCAUGCAAGUCAAAAUUUAUUAACCCUUCACUUAAUUUUUAGCCGUGUGGGUAGUCUCAUUGUAUGUGACAGUAUAAAAAUUUGUGAAGCAUACUGAAAUUGUAUAUUCGUCCAUAUUAUAUGGAAAUAUCCUGUUGAGCCUGAAAAGAUUAAACAUAUAUUCAUACAGAACAGAAAACAAUUAAACAGUAAGACUUGCAAACCAAGUAUUAGCUUAUUACCAGGAUAGAAAUAAUUAUGACAUAAUUAUAUGUUUACCAUCCAUGUUAACAGUUGGAAGUCAUUUUCAAUCCCUAAUCAUAGAAGCAUAUACUACUAAAUUAUUAGGAAAAUAAAAUUAUUGAUAAUGUACAGCUAUAUGUGAUUUAGUUAAAUACUGUGAACAAAAAAAAUUAAACUUUAUAGUGAACCAUCCUCAUAGUGUUGAAAGUGUUGUUACCUGUAUCUACCAGAUUGGCAAACAAUACAUUAUUCUUCAUUUGAAGGUAUGUUUUAGCAUCUUAAUCAUUUUGUGUAGGUUAGAAGAUGCAGUUUUAGGCUCUGAAGGUCUCUUACUUGAAAAAAAAAAGUUCAGAUUCUGUAAUAAUGCCAUAAAUACAAUGAACUGUGUAGUUUCAUGAAACACUUAACCCACGUGGGUCAUUCAGCGCAAAGAUUAGUGGAGGCUCAGUCUUCUAUUCGCUAAAUGUGGGUUCGGUCUCUCCUGCUAAGGUAACUGCCAUUAAUUCUUAUGAAUCGUGAUAUUCAGUUCUUAAUUCAGUAGUUGAAAAUAUUGACUUAAAUAUGUAUUACGUAAUGUAUCACAAUAGUGGAGGGAAAGAGGAGACAACAGAUGAUGAAGAGCAUUAUAAAAAUGUGAUAUAGCUAAAUAAUAGGACUUUGUUAUUUACAGUUUUUGCAAUACAGUUUGAUAAAAUGGUAAUGUCAUUAAUAAGUAAGUUGUAAAUGCAAGUAAAGUAUGAAAUUUCCUUGAUUUCACAUAGAGCAAUUCAGCAACAUAUAUGGCCUGCACUGGCAUAAUUGUAUUAUAAAAAAUUCACAAAAUUUAGGAGGUUUAAAAUAAUUAUUAGUUUACUAUUUCAGUACUAUCUGUAUGUAACUGACCUGACUGUUUAUGCUGCAUUCAAAAUUAUUUGCUUUCUCCUGGAGAUAAUCAGUAAACCUUCAAUUUAACGAACUCAUAGGAGGGGAGAGAAUGUCCAUUAAGAGACUAUUUUCUGUUAUAUCCAAAUGAUGAGACUGCUUUUCCAUGAGCAUAACAAUAACAGACAAUUCUGGAUUUAAUGAACUUUAAAUCCAAAAAUCAAUGGCCAGUUCUGAAAGUUCAGAUUUUUCAGUAACAGUAAUGGGCAAUUCUGAUUUACUACCCUUGUCUAUUAAAUCUGAAAUCAAUUGAACCAGCAGACCUAAACAAUAAUGAAUAAUUCUGGAUUUAGCAGAUAUUGUACACAGUUUCUGGAUAUCCAGCCACAGAUUUUUUCCUAAAUCCAAAAUCUGUUAAAUCAGGGUCUGUUAAAUUGAGGUUUUACUUGUACUUUCAGAUUUUAUUGUAGUUGCAUUGAAGAUCUCUAUAUGCUAAUGCCCUAAUGACGUGUAUAAUGCAACUUGGAGGCAAGUAAGUAAGUUUAUUCAGGUAUACACAAAUACAGUUACAUAGAAUUAUCAUACAUAGCAGCAUGUGUGUAGAGAACCUAGGAUAACCCAAAAAAGUCAGACAGAGUGACUUAUUUCCAUUGGGUUCCAUUGGCAGAACCAAGAAUCUGGGAAUGGGUUGAAAUAAGGGGCAUAUGCCAGAAUUUUAAUGUACACAGAGCACACUUUUUUUAGAAAGUUUUGAUGAACAGACUUAAUUUGUGUGGUUUUAAGGCAUACUGUUCUCUACAAUUACAGUAUUGUACUGUAGUUAAUAAAUAGAAUUAUUUACAUGACAUGUGAAAGAUAAUUGAUAAAAUUUAUGAAUAAUUUUUGAAAGGGGCAACUAUGUAGAUUCACCACUACAUCUGUUGCUGGAUAUUAUUUCUCACCCCUUGUGGUUAAAAUUUAAGCAUUAUCACAAGAGUAUUGUCCUACUGUUGUAAUUAGCUAAUAUUUUUUUAUUACUAACCUAGAUAAAAAUACAUGACAUAUCAAAAACUUUCAAUAUUAUGUCUAACCUCAUGCAUAGUAAGUUUUUGCAUAUAAUCUAUAGAAGCUUAAACCUUCCUCUCAAACAGGUGACUGUUUUACUGUGUAUUGCAUUGUCACUACAAUUUCCAUUAAUAUAGAUUAAAUAAAAUUUAGUUAUGGUAGCUAAUAAUCAUUGAAGCAUUUAUGGGACUAAUGCUUAUCUUCAUUAUAUGUUUUGCUAAUAGGAAUAAAUCUAAAUUUUCACUUACGGGAAUUUACGAGCUGUACAGAUGUAGCAGGUUCUCAGUGUAGAAACCUUUAAUCACCAUAUCCAAAAAUAAGUUAUUGCUUGUCAUUAUAGUCACUUUUUAUAAGUCAAAAAGAAAUUUUACUAAUGUAAUAAAAAAUUAGGGGUAUUACACUGCAUCGGAUAGCAUUCUGGGCUUGUAUUAUGCAAGCCAAAAUUUUUUAUCUGAUAUGGCUUGUAGAACAUAUUGGGUGUCAUCUCAUGCUCAGAAAGUCAGCCACUUUCAUGCUAAGGGUUUGAGAUUUUGAUCAACUAUUCAUAGCCUGGUUAUGACUAAGUAUUGUAAAGCUAGUUAAGUGAAUAAGCUCACCAUAUUAAUUAUUUGACUUUAACAGUAUAUUACUCACACAGUGUGAGGAUACAUGGUCUAAAACAAAAUAGUGAGUGCUUAGUAGCAUGAUUAUAAGGAAGGAUACAAAAAUAAGAAAAAUAUUCAGUAAAAUAUCAAAUGCCACUAGUGUUGUUGUUUGAAACAUCUAGUCAGUUGGAUGCAGGUAUGUAUUAACUUAUGUGCUGCAUGUAUUUGUGUUAUUUUCUUAUUACCUGGUCACAGAAAAGGUGUGGUCACAGACUAGGCCAUGGGGGUGUUGAUCUUUGAAACCCUCUCCAGGUAUACUUGCUGCUUUUUUCUGGGCAAUAUCUUUAGAAUCUUUCUCCAUUUUGACUUAAAACUUUGCAGUGCUUGCAAAUGUUUAUAAAACAAACUUUCUUAUUGAAACUGGGCAGUGUAAUGCCCAGCUUGUAAUUUUUUGGGUGGGGAUCCAGUUUGUAAGUUUUAAAGGGAGGAGAAUAAGCAGCACACUUUAAUCAAAGCAUAUUCAUAUACUACUAUAUUCCCAACAUAAUAUGGCUUACAUAUAAAAUUAACCCUUUCAUUGGCUGUCAUGUAGAACUAAAUCAUUGAUGUACAACUACAUGUAGUUCUACAUCAUUAGCUCAUUCACAUACGCUGUGAGCUGUAAAUUUGGUCCUAGAUAUGAGAGAAUGGGCCUACAUGGUGAGUGCACAGUAUAAAACAAAAUCCUGCCCCUAUGCGGUGCCUGAUGGGAAAAGCAAAACUGAUCAUGUGUUUGGUUUAAAAUAAUGACUGAGUUUCCUAGGAUAUUUUUUUAUGAUUUUAUUGGUUGUUUCUUGGUAUCAUUUAACCCUUAAACUGUCCAAACGUAGAUCUAUGUUCACGUGUGUAGCUCUCCGACCUUGAUUUUCCCCAUUUAUAAAAGCAUGUAAAAAAACGUAGAUCUACAUUCAGAGCUCCCCCGCACAUGGACGUAGAUCUACGUUUGGACAGUUUAACCCUUUCAGGGUUUCAGCCGUACUAGUACGGCUUACACACCAGUGUCCAUGAAGUACUAGUAUGCAUAAAUUCUAACGCCUUCAAAUCUAGUGAGAGAAAGCUGGUAGGACUACAUAUGAAAGAAUGGGUCUAUGUGGUCAGUGUGCACACUAUAAAAAAAAUCCUGCAGCACACAGUGCGUAAUGAAAAAAAAAAAAACUUUGACCGUGCUUUUGGAUUAAAACAUCGACUUUGCACUAUAUUUUCGUAUGGUAUUUAUUGUUGUAUUCUAGUUUUCCUGGUCUCAUUGUAUAGAAUGGAAGACAUAUUACAGAAAUUGAGAUGAUUUUGACUGGUUUUACAAAGAAAACUACCUUGAAAUUGAGCUCAAAGUAGCAGAAAUGUUCAAUUUUUACCAAAGUUCAAAAGUAAACAAAUCACGCUAAGCGUCCAAUACACGUCAACUGGUGAGUCUAAUCUUCUUUCACAAGUGCGCUGAUAUUAUUUAUGCCAUUUCUACACUAAUGCAGUAGUCUGCAUAACAGUAAAUCUUAUUUUAUUUGAGAAUAAAAAUUCAAAGUGGAAAGCAAAAGAAUGUAAGAGGGGCCUGGGGACAUGACUAAUGUACAGAGGAAAUGUUAUUUUAGUGCCAGGAAUGUCUUUCUUGUUUAUUCUGGACCCUAUUUGGAAAUUGGCAUCUUUUGAAAUUUGUGUGAAAUUGGCAAAAUUGCUAAAUUCUGACCACUGUAUUGGAUAGUUGAAAUCGGUAAAUGGGUGAUUUCUUGUACUCAUUCGAUAGAAAAAAUGGAGUUCUAGCAAAAUAGUUAUGAUUUUUGUCGACUAGUACAUUGGAAUUGGCCGAAAAUAAGGCUCAAAUUGGGCAAAAUCACCGAUGCGUAAACAUCAUCGAGACCAUGAACUUCGCGAGAGCAUAAUUCCAUAAGUUUUCCAUCAAAUUUCAUACUUUUGGUGUCAUUAUGAUCGGGAAAAGAUUCUCUAUCUUUUCAUAAGAAAAUAUAAUUUUUUUUUUUUUAAAUUGGGGGACUCUGAGAACAAGUCUCUGAGAGGGCCUGUGGACCCUGAAAGGGUUAAGGGUUAAUAAAAUGGAAGACAUGCUACUGAAAUAGAGAUGAUUUUGGUUAGUUUCAGGAACUGAAGUAGCUUGAAAUUAAGCUCAACAUAGCAUAAAUGUUUGAGUUUUGCAGAUUUUCCUGAGGAUAGGUAAGGCCCCCACUACACCCCCCAGUCUGUUUUAUGAAUUUUUAAUAGGCAGGUUCCAAUUAUUGGGAAUUUCUGGUUAUAUUUUAUUAUCCAGGAAAUAGAAUGCAUCAUCUAUUUUUGUAUAAUUAUGAAUUCAAAAUGGAAGGAAAGUGUAAUAUAGGAGAGACCUGGGCCAUGAUUAAUGAAUGGAAGAAAUGUUUAUUUUGCACUCUAUUUUUAAAUUGGUGCUUUUUAAUUUUGUAUAAAAUCAGCAAAAUUACCAACUUCUGUACACUUUAUAUGGUAGUUGUAAUAGAUAAAUGGACCAUUUCUUGUGCUCAAUUGAUAGAGCAGAAGGCAUACUAAUGAAACAGCAAAGAAUUUGGUCAAAUGGAUCAAAGGAAUAGACUUAAAAUAGGACUUAAUUGUCAGAAUCAUUGUUGCAUAAAUUGCACCCAGACUGCUAACUUUGAUCUUGUGUAAUUCCAUAAAUUUUCCAACAAA